AUGGCUCCCCAUCGACGCAACAUCGGCGCCAGCCGGCGACGAAGAAGGGACGACGAAGGCGAAGAGGAAGGUUCGGAUGGUGGAUUAGAUGACGACUCGCUCAGCGAAGGAUCAGACAUGAGCCAUCAGGACGAUGAUGCCGACGCUGAGACUAGUGACGGGAGCGAAGAUGAUGAGGCAUCUACAGCCACUCCGCAGGGAGACCAAGCCAACGGUAUUCAAGUCAACGGUUCAGGCACACAAUCGGGUCAACGCUCAGAACGUCGAAAUGCUACAUCUCCGGGGGAACAAGGGAAUAACCCCACGGUAUCAGACACAGAGGCGAUGUUGAACGGGCUACAACUCUCCGGAGACUCUAGCCAGGUUGCGGAGGUCCAUUUUGAUAAUACAAAGGAGGAGCAGCCAGGUCAGCAGGAGGGUGGGACAUCAUCCGGGCCACUAACUGAUCCCAAGCGGGAGACUUUUGCAGAAAAAAAACGUCGUGAAAACGAGCGAUAUGUCAAGGAACGUGACAAGAACCCGGCCUUUGUGCCCACGCGGGGUAGCUUCUUCCUUCACGAUAAGCGGUCCACGGAGCCGGGGACAAACGGGAGCAGGCCGCCCAACAAGUCUAAAUCGAGGCCCUAUGGGCUCAUUGUGGACGGCAACGUACAAAGAAGCCAACCCAAAUCAGAUGCCAGUGAAGGGCUGUGGACUCAUGAUCUUCACGAUACAGUUGCAGGAGAUGAUCCUCCUGCCUCCAAGCCCACGUCUACUGCACCAAACGCAACCUCUGUUCCUGCCAACUACCCCGUUCCUACUGCUCCUCGAUCCUCGCCUCCCAACAGGUCGUUCUCCAGCACUGUCCUGAUUGGGAAUGUGCCCGUUGUGGUGUUCCUUCCUGGGAUGGCCCGACCAACCCAAGCUCGCCCUGUCCCAAAGAAGCAACAUACACGUCUACCUCAACAUCGCCCCCCGCUCAGGCGAGAUAAACCUGUCCGGAUUUCUCUUCCUGGUCAAAACCCCCGAUAUAUCUUCCCAUCAACUGAACGAUCUUUCAUCUUCAUUCCACGAGCGUUGCGGCCUAACCAACAAGCCUUCCGUGGUAGGGGUCGAGGCGGUUUCUUUGGUGGACGCCGUUCGAGUAUCUACGCCAACUCAGCCUACAGCCCAAGUGUUGCUCUGAGCCGGAGAUCUUCAUUGGGGAGGGCACCCGAGGGAUACCACUCACCGGCCGCCUCGAUCCUAUCGAGAGCGACCAUGGUUACUACAGAUAACGGCAAGCCUGUUGUCCGUCUACCACCACCACGCCCCCCGGGGGGCUUUCCGCAAACUACCUCUGUCCCCGGCGCCAUUCCUCCCACUGUUCCGCCUUCUAUGCCUCCGCAACCUCAACAUCACAUUUAUCGCGAGAGUCAUUCGGACCCUAUCCCCAUGCACCAGCCUCGUCCUCAAAAGACCGUCUCCGUAGCCGACAUUGAAACCCCCGAGACCUAUACCUUCAAUCCUCCACAACCGCAACAGGAACAGCCGUUCCACCAUCAGGUUCCAAUGCCUGUCAACGGUGCUGCAUACCCGCCCGAUGCUCCCCCUCCCACUCACACACCUUUUUCGCAUAUUCCCGAAAGGGCCAUUCAUGCCCAACCGUUCCAGCCAUACGACUACUCCCAACCGCAAGCAUUCUACCCGCCAGGUUAUGGUCCGCAAGGCGUAUACUAUCCCGUCCCAGGGGCUGAAUACCCACCGUACAGCACUGCCAUGGGACCUGGAGCGUCUACUGCACCUUACCCGCCGCCUGGUCAACAAGUCCCGUAUAUGAUGCCCGCCCCGCCCACGUCAACGACUGAGCAGCCAUCGUCGCAAUCACAAACCGUCGCCCACGAAGCGGAUGGCAUGGUAUACUAUUACGACGCCGCACAGAUGUACUCAAACCCGAACCCGUAUGCUGUGCCUGCACCUCCUGGGCCCGGAGGAGUCGUGGGGAUGGGUGGCAUGAUGACACCCCCAGGCACUGCCUAUUAUUACCCUCAACCACCGGUUUAUUAUCCUUCGCAAUAA